CACUCUGUGACCUCAUACAGUUCCUUCCUACCUUUGUUUUCUUCAUCUGUAAGAUGGGGUGUAAGAUCUGCUUCCAGCUUUGACAUUCCGUUCCCAGGCCCUUCAGGCUUGUAUGAAUACGAGUUCAGCCCAGGGGACCGGCAGCCCUGCUGGCUUGUUGGCAGGGCUGGUUGACCAGUCAGGAUGGACAGAUGGAUGUACUAGACAAGUCUGGGCCUUGUAGAGCAUUACCACCCCCAGGCUGGGGCUGGGGCUGGGGCCAAGGCUUAGGGGAGCUGUCCCACUGGGCAGUGAUGAGGGAUGAGUAGGCAGAGGGCAAAUGGGUUUGUGCCAGGUCUUUGAACACACAUCCAAGUCUCUCAGCAUUAAGUCCUUGGGUAGGCAAUAGAUCUGCCAGAGCCAAAAAUGGGACAGUGGGACUGAACAGUGGGUGGGAAAGAUCCUUUGGGGCUUGGCUUUUGGGGACAGGACAUGAAGAACCAAUCCUUCCUACUCUACUGGUCUAAGGGCUUUCUCUGAGGCAGCAGUAGAAGUGGAUACAAGAUAAAGCAGUGCUGCCUGUGGGCCCAACACCUUCAGGACCAUGUUUGAUGGGGAACCAGGCACAGGCCCAGCAGCAUCCUCACGGAAUGUGGUACGCAGCUCCAGCAUCAGCGGCGAGGUGUUUGGGGGCGGAGGGGAGCAGGCUGGAGGCACAGCUGGCGCCAGCACUGCCAAGAAGCGCCGAAGCAGUCUGGGGGCCAAGAUGGCAGCCAUUGUGGGCUUGACCCAGAGAAGUCGGAGCUCCCUACAACUACCCCAGCCAGAAGGUGGACCUAAGAAACUACCAAGCAACAUCAGGCGGAGCACAGAGACCGGCAUUGCUGUGGAGAUGAGAAGCAGGGUCACCCGUCAAGGGAGCCGAGAAUCCACCGAUGGCAGCACCAAUAGCAACAGCUCCGAUGGCACGUUCAUCUUCCCCACUGCCAGGCUGGGGGCUGAGAGCCAAUUCAGUGACUUCCUGGAUGGCCUGGGGCCAGCCCAGAUUGUGGGGAGACAGACAUUGGGGACACCACCAAUGGGGGAUGUGCAUAUUGCAAUGAUGGACCGCAGUGGUCAGCUAGAGGUGGAAGUGAUCGAGGCCCGAGGCCUUACCCCCAAACUGGGCUCGAAGUCCCUCCCAGCCACCUACAUCAAGGUUUACCUGCUAGAGAAUGGAGCCUGUUUGGCCAAGAAGAAGACAAGAGUGGCCAAGAAGACAUGUGAUCCCCUGUAUCAUCAGGCCCUGCUGUUUGAUGAAGGUCCCCAGGGAAAGGUGUUGCAGGUGAUCGUCUGGGGAGACUACGGGCGCAUGGACCACAAGUGCUUCAUGGGAAUGGCCCAGAUUGUGCUGGAGGAGUUGGACUUGAGCAACGUGGUCACUGGCUGGUACAAACUCUUCCCCACCUCGUCCGUAGCUGACUCCACUCUGGGGCCACUCACUCGGCGUCUGUCCCAGUCCUCCCUGGAGAGCUCCACCAGCCCCUCCUGCCCCUAGGGAGCCGGGGACCUGGACCUCAAGAAGGCGAGGUCGGCGGUGGUGGUGGUGGUGGUGGUGGUGGUGGCGGGCCGGAACGCAUGUGCGUGUGUGUGUGUGUGUGUGUGUGUGCGCGCGCGCACGCGCGUGUGCGAGCGUGAGAGAGGAGGGCCGUGGCUCAGCCUCCUUGCCCUCCCCAGGCAUCUCACUGUACAUAGCAUCUCGCCGUCUCUCCUCGGGCCUCCUUGGCCCACAGAUCUUGCCGUCUGGGCCAUGUCAGCAGGCAGGAGAAGCCUCUGGCUCUAUGUGUGUGUGUGUACACCACCCGGGUACGUGUAUAUAUGUGUACGUGUACAUGUUUCAGUAUACCUGUAUGUAUAUGUGUGUCUGUUUUUAUGUGUCUGCGUAUGUGCAUCUGUGUGAUCCGUGACGGGUGUCCAGAGUUAACGCCCUGGGGCCAUCUCACAGGUGCCCCGCCAGGCUCCUGUCCCCCAUCCUGGCGUCUAGGUCGGGGCCCACCUAGUGUUUGUGUCUUCUCUCUCAAGGGUCUCUUUGGAGGGCGAGUCUCUCCCGUCUACCCAUAGGCCUGACUCUUGCUGUGACAUGAGCUUCCUCAGUUUCCCUACAGUGUGCUCUGUCUUCCCAUCCGUCUUUCCUUCUAGGAAAAGGUCUGAGCAGACCAAUCGUGUUGAACCCUGUUGGCCCCCCCCUCGCUCUGGGGGUACGUAGCGCCCGAUGUAGCCUGCCGUGGGCAGCCCCCCCCCCCCAGCUGCAGCCCCGGAGCCUCUCUUAGCCUCCCGCCUCCUCCGAUGUCUUGUAGCAUGUGGCCCAGAGGGGCCGGAGCCCCUCUUGUGCCUCCCAGGAUGGUCCUGGCUUCAUCGUCCCCCUCCUCGCAUGUGAAACAGCUUCCGCUCCCAAGUUGUGGCCAGGAGACACCGAGGGUCCUCCCGAGGCCACAGACGGCCCCCUGCCCCUCUCUGGACUGGCACGAGGCCGCUGGGCCAGCAGUCGGAGUUGAGCUGCUCCGAGUUCGAGGACGGCUUUGAGCACACCAGAAGAGGGAUGGACCUUGGAAGGAUGCUGCCGCCCUCCAGAAGGAAACCCUUUACCUCACCGAGGCUCUGCUGGGGCUCAGGCCACGGCUGACGCCAGACUGGCUUCCGAGGCACCUCCGCCAAAGAUUGAGCCAAGGCAAGGGGGCCCCCUCUCCUCGGUUCCCCGGCACGGAGGCCCUCCACUUUUGUGCCUGAGCAUCCAGCCCCGGGGCCUCCUGGGACUCCCAAGACCCAUCGGUGGUCUACCAAGCAAUAUGUGCCGACCCCAAGUCCUUCCUCUCUCGGCCCUCUGCCACUCCCUGAUGGAUCCCGGCUAGAGUCUGCCCAGGAGGAUCUGUACCUCCGGACUGGAGGGGGGCGGGGGGGGGGGGGGAGGGAAUCGGGCUGGCUCCCAGAAAGCCCCGGGACACAGGUACCUUGCCCGCUCCCUUCCCCCGUCUGGAUCAAGCGACUUACUGGAAAGCUGCAUCUGUGUGCCCUGCCUGGGGCCGCGGGGUCUUACGGGAUCACCCUGGGGGAGGGACGUCCCGCUGCCUCCUGGGGCUCUCUCAAGAGAAGGCCUUUCGAGGCUUUUGGCCUGGGCUCGAGGCUGCGCAUCUCUCCCACCGAUCGCACAGAAGGCAGACCCAGGGGAGCGUUCUCCCCCAGAAUCGGGCUCCAGAGGCGGCCGGAGGGGGCGCCUUCCUUCUAGUCUAAGUAUCACUUGGACGCUUUGUUCCCAGAAGCCCCUCUUUCUCGCCUCAGGAACACAAGGCGGGUCUUUCUUGGUCACGUGCAAAGAAAGGGGAGAACGUUCCUGAGGCAAAUGGAGGUCAGGACGGCGUCUGAGGAACUGAGAGCAGCCAGAGCAGGGUGGGGGCUCCCGAGGGGACCCCGGCCACUCGGUGUGUGGGUGUGUUGUGUGUGUGUGGGGGUGGCACAUGUGUGUGUGGGGGGUGGCACACGUGUGUGGGGAGGGGAGAGGGAAUACGGAUAGCACUGGGCCGGAAACACGGAAGCCGCCCCUCUUCCGUCCGAGUGGGGAAGGCUCUGCCCCUCUCGGCUCUUCUCCCACGUCAGAUGGUCCAGGGGUCCGCUGGCCAGUCACGGACGGCAGUUUGGGAUGAUGGUCGCCCAAGGCCUGUCGGGUGGCCAUACCAGCUAGUGAGCUGGGGAGGUGCCGCCCGGGGUUAGGGGCGAGAGGGCAAGAGGGAGAGGCCUCUGUUGGAGGAAGGACGUUGGCCAGCCCGAAGGAGCUGGAGUCGUUUUACUUGGAGAAGGCUCGGAAGGCGGAAUUAGACCUUCAUCCUGCCGGAUCCCAGAAGGGGAGGCUGGAAGCAGGAAGAGCAAGUGAUAGGGAAGGACGGAGACGGCGCCUGUGAUUUCUCAGGCAAGGGGAGUCCCUCUGCCAGGGUAGCCAGGGCCAGUCCUUCUCUGUCUAGAGCAGAGAAACUAAGCGACAUGCUGGGGUUGCCCAGCCCAUAUGGGUCAGAGGGAGGAUUUGGAGACCAGAUUUCUUAGCUUUCCAGUCACCUCCUCUGACCAUCACACCAUGCUGCCUCUUGGCUGCUCAGAAGGCUUUAAAUCGACAAUGAAAUGGUCUUCCCUAGGAGGUGGCGGGGCCCUCCAGGGUCCCUCACCUGUCCGAGAGGCCCUGUGGAGGAAGAGGAGCAGGGAGCGAGGGGGUACAAGCCCCAGCACUCCCCUCGGAGAGGGGGCCGCCCCAAGGGAGGCUUCACCAGGACGCCAGGGUUUUGCUCCGCUGCCAGCUGAAGGGUCGUGCUGGCUCUCCACUCAGUGCCUGGAUCAGAGGCCUCCUGGGAGGUGGUUUCCCACCUCCCAGCCCUUCUCUGAGGGGGGCAACCACCCUUUUGUCUUGGGCACCCCUUCACGUCAGCCAUUGCACAGUGUAGCUCCUUCUCCCCAGCGUGCCUGAGGACAUGGUCAUGGCUCACUUUGGGCACCUGUCCUACCUUCCUGAAGUGUAUAUGGUAUCUAGAAAGGCACACGUUACUCAUGGGUGUUUGUAGCAUCAAUGUGGGGCUUCUAAGUAGCCAUCCGGGAGGCGUCCUUGGCCUUCCCUCCUGGGAGGGGCACAGAGUCACCCCAGACCACUGUCCAGGGGGUCAGACUUUAGACUGUUCAGCUCCAGCCUGGGACAGACCUACAGGUCCUCCCCUUGUACCCAUUUGAUGGAAAGUAGGCAGAGUCGCCUCAUUGCCUCGACACCCUUCUUCCAGGAAGUUGUCUGUGUCUCAGUGCUGGGCGGACAUCUAGAAUGGGCCAGGCACAGGUAAGAGGAGGGAGAUGGUUCCAGGGUCCGUGCGUCCAUUGUCUGACUAGAUGGAGGCAGGAACACCUUUGCAAGGCCUAGGGAUGGCCAAGUGCCUCGGAGGUACUGACUUUAGCUGCAAGGUGGCAGGUGGUAUUGGAUAGCUGAGAUCCAGUGUGGUUCUGAGCAGCAGUGGGUCUCUUGCAAGGGUGGCCAACAGAAGCUUGACUGGUUAGCUAAGGCAUUUGAGCUCACGUUUCUUCUCUUUUGAGGCAGCAUCCCCCCACAAAGACUCAAGACCCCUGCCUGGGCCUCCAGGCCCAUAUGGGUGCUUGUUGGGGUAGCCACAGAAAGGUCAGGUGGCUAUCUGAUGGCAGAGGGAGAAGAAAACCCCCUUCUGAGAGAGAGCAAGCUUCCCUUGGAGCCAGUGCACAAAAGAACCGUAGCUGGAAAGGCCUGGAGGGUGAUCCCCCUUGUUCAAGCCCCUCCUUCCUCCCCAGCCUCCCCACCCUGACCUCAACUUGGAGAAUGUCAUGGAGUAAUCAUCUCUUGGCAUCUGGCCCACAUCCUGGGGAAUGCUGGCAUUUCUUGGGAACGAGGCCUCAGAACUGGGUCCUCCGUGGAAUGGAAACGCACUUGGCUCGUUCAUCCCGGACUCACGUGGGCUGAUUCACAAGGGUGAACGUGAGCGCGGCACUGCUCCAGAGAAAUUCCAGCGAGCCACCCUGAGCUUCUGAUGCGGCAGGAGCAGAUGCAACAUCCCGAGGCCCGGCAUCCUUCCGAGCCGAUUCCUGUGGAAAUGAGAUGUAGCACAACCCUGGGAGCCCUGCUCAAAACCGGGCUCCUCUCCGCCUCGCCACUCGCUCUUCCAGUGACUGGCAGGACCCCCUGGCCCUCUCCCACCAAGGCUCUGGCUAUCAGGAUACCUCACAUUUUUAUAAGAUGGCGGCGUGGCCUAAGCCAUGCUGUGUCCUUGUGUCUGUCAUCUUGUCUGUGUCUAGCAUCAAGGAAGGGAAAGAGAGGCCACCAUUGCCUGAACAUUGGCAUGGAUUCCUGGUGGCUGUGGAUGGACCAGUUUUAGGCAGAGAGCUCUGCAGGCAUCUCAGGCUUUUGAGGAAGGUGACAAAGCAGAUGUGGGAGCCUUUGGCCGUGUUGUCUAAAGCCUGGAACCAGAAGGCAAUGGCCCUGGCUCUCUCUUGCCACCCCCCUGGCACAUAUGGAAGGAGGUUAUUGCUGUGUGCCUCAGCAACGUUCUCCAGUCUGAAAGAAGAUGGGAGCAUCCAUUAAUGUUGUCCUCUCUGGUACCCUCUGCAGCAUCCCUCCCCUUUCAUUCCUGUUUGUUUCCAUUUCACAGAGAAUGGAAAAAGCAAAAAAAAAAGAAAGAAAAGAAAAGGUGUGUUUUUUCUUUCUUUCUGCAAAGAAGAAUCACGUGUUGCAUCUGAAAAUCUGUCUGUGAUGUUCUGUAAUGACUCCUCCAAUCCCUGCAGGGGGGUCUUUCUGAGGCCUCGAUGCUGACUGAAAGGCCCAAGUCCUGCUGGGAAAGUCUCAGAGCGAUGUUUGCGAUGCCAAAGAGAGCACAGUGGCUCCCUCUGGCGAGAGCUGCUCUUGUCAAAUUGCCCCGAUGCCUCGCGAACGUGAGCACUUUUGAUGCUGGUGGCCUUGUUUUCUUUUAAAGGGCUCAAUCUUUCUGUUUAGCAAAGAAAAGUCUGUCCCCUCCCCGUCACGUUCCCCCCUCCUCGCCCAACUCCUCCCUUCAUACUGCCACAGACAGAGAGCAGGGAGACCCAGGAGUGUGGCCCACUCCCCCCAGAAGGCCUCCAGGGUGUUGGCGCAAGGUGGCACCCCCCAAAAAACCUCUGAGGGUUGGCUUAGUUGGGAUUGUAAGUGAUGCCAAUGGCAGUUUAGGGUAAAACGCCGAGGCAAGGAGAGCUCAUUGAAAAUGGCAGCCUGUCCAGGCAGGGGUCCUGAGAAGUCACUCAGUCAGAGAAGGGGAGUCAGGGGGGCACCCAAAGAACCCUGUUGUGUGGAUCAGAGACACCUUGGUUCUACCACUAACCAGCCCUGCAUGUGUGUGUGUGUGAGAGACACUAGAGGUCUGUUGUUACCCUUCUCCAGGUAAUGGAUGAUGAUUGAGGGCUCUUCCAUGAAAGACUAGAAGCUCUUGAAGGUCCCUUCCAGCUCUAUGAUACAAUCAGAAUAACAAUAGGGUGUUAGGAUGAUAUCCCCCCACCUUCUGAGAUGAGGGGCCAUCCGGCCUGUCUCCAGCUUGCCAUCUCCCACAACAGUGCCCAGAUGCUUUUGGAACACCCCACUGAAUUUCACAGCCUCCUCUGAGGAACCUGCCUUCUCUCUCCUUCCCCGGCUUUUUCUACCAGGACAGCACAUAAAGGGUGUCUUCAAAGACCAUCCUUCGUCCUGCUGAAAAGUCAAAGGUGCUAAUGUGUCCUGGUCUGUCUCCUCCCACUGGCUUAAACCCUGUCCAGGGUCCAGUGCUGGUCUCCCCUCUGAUGCUCGCUUCAAGAAGAUGCUAAAAUUACAGACAUGUGCCGGGGAAGUGUGUGUUUGUGGGGGGGGGGGCGUUGGGGGGGAUCAGCCCUUGCCAAUCACUUCAACAAAGUUGGGUUCUUGUUUUGGGGUCUCCUCUGCGAAGAUGCUCUUUCCCAGCCCCACCAAAUGAGCACUAGAACCCUGGCAUUCCAUGGGGUGUGAAAGGGGCUUCCCUGGAGAAGAUGCUCAGACUAACCCUAAUUCCCACGUUAAAAUCUCUCUCAUUUCACCAGUGAGUAAAUGGGGAUCCCUCUCCACUGAAGCCUGUGGCAGCUCCUCUGUGAUUUAGGGGAUUUCGUUAGAUUGGGGGGUGGGGGUGGGGGUGGUUUUGGCUACAGCAUCACCUUGUGGCCUUCAGAUGAGCCUCUAGAAUAUGUCCAGACCUGUGAUCCCACCAGGGUUGGGUAACUGGGUGUGAAGGCAAAUCUGCAGCACCUUUGAAUCUUAGAGGACUGUAGGGACCCUCAAGGAGUGCCAGUCACCUAGGUUCACAUGCUAGUAUGUCAGAGGAGGAUUUGAAUCCAGGUUUUCCUGGCCCUGAAGCAGCCUCUAAUCACUAAGCUACCCGGCUCCAAUAUAUUCUGACUACUCAGAUUCUUUGAGGAUCUUCAUGGAACGUGCCCCCUUCUGCUAAGGCAUUCCAUGACUUAGAAUGAGUGGCCGAAAAAAAAAAUCCUGACCUGCAAUUAACCUGGUGACAAAGCUUGGAUGGUCUUCAGAUGACCAAGGCGCCAAGUUCAAUAGAUGUAGGAAAAUGACAUUGCAUAUAGCAAUGUUUUGAUGUGAAUACAGGCUCCAAUUGUCUCUAUUUUCUUCCCAAAUUUUCCCAAGUCAGUUUUAGGCUGAGGGUAUCCCGGAUGCUCAGCCUGGUACUCCUCAGCUUCCUCAACUCUUUUUCAAGGCCUCGUGGUGUCUGUGGCAGAAAACAGUUGGGAAGGAACUGCUCUCAAAGAAUGGAAUCCAACUAACUUAUUUUUCAAAAAUCCCAAUUGAAACAACCAAUUCUGGAAAAUUAGUAUGAAGGAGGAAUUCAAUUUUUAAAAAUCCUCAAAAGCUGAGGAGGGACUUAUGGGGACUAAAUGUACUAAUAUGAUAAAAAAAAAAAGUGUUUGAGCCGUGGUCUGUAAUGUGUCCUCUGUAUGCGUGUGUGUGUGUGUGGUAGGAGGCAGGGCAGGGGUCCUUGGGAACACUUGGCGUGCUUUUGUGGUUCUGUGCAGCAGGCUGAGGGCCGGGAAGGGGUGCAUGCUCUUUUGUAUAAUACUCUUGCCAAUUUCCCCAAGGAGAAAAUUCUUUUUACGGCUUCUCCCUGCAUGUACAGUAUUUGGGCAGUCAGUAUGGAUGAUUAAAGUCGAGUCUGAAAACUG